AGAUGUCGGCUUUUUAGAGCUUCAUAUUCUAUGACUACAUAUUUAUAAGAACUAAUCUUUGCACACCACUUUCUGUAGCUCUUGUAUAACGUUGACGAUCAAGCUACGAGCAGAUGAUGACCUUUUUGUGCCCUAAGCCAAGGGCCAGGAGGGGAUUUUUCCUCUCAUGACUGUUGGCGAACUGUUUAUUUUGGAUAUUAAAAUACCAAACCCUAACUGCCACCAGAACAGUGAGCAGGUUUCAUGUUGCUUAGAAAAAGAAAAACAUCAGGACACAUCAGGAAACUCCCACUUAUCUAGCCCUGUCAUGAAAAUAGCCCUGCUGCAUUUCCUGAUACGCUGAAGACCUGCUAACAAACGCAGCUUUGUAGAGAUGAGCCAGACAGCCGAGGAUCUGCUUAUCAUCUACGAGACGGAGGCAAAGCAAUGGGCGUCCUACCUUCAAUCAGUCUUCACUGGUCCCAUCUCAGAGGCUGGGAUCUGCUGCUAUGAUAUCACCACGGUGACCAGCCGGAGGGACGACUUUCUCAGGCUGUCCCGCUACGCCUGCAAGCUCCUGAUCCUCACCAACGGCAUGCUGGAGGGUCUCUGCCAGCUGAGGCGCUUCUUCCUCUGCCGGGUGCUGAGUCCUGCGGCUCAGGUGGUGGUGCUGCUGUGCGGGGUGGACAGCCUGAACCCCCUGCUGGACCGGGUCCCCCUCAACAGCGACGAGUGCCUGCAGAUCUCCAGUGAACAAGAAGCGCAAGAGUACCUGUCCACUGUGGUUGACAUUGCACGAAAAGGUGCAUCAGCCACAUCAUCAAAUGUCAACCCCUUGACACGUAAAGCAUCUGGACCCGAGCAGAAGGCCAAGCAGAUGCCGUCAAGACCUGACGGGGUCACAUCUAACGUUGCGGUCAUCCCCUCUAGAGUUGCCUGCGGGAGCUCCACCGAGGUGUUCGUUCUGCUGAAAAAUGAGUCAGCUGUCUGCGACUGUGAGGUCGAAUUCAGCACCGAGACUCAGAAGGUGAGAGUGAAGCCUGCUCGCUGGAAUGAGCACAUCCUGAGCGUCAGUGCACCAGAUUUCCCAGCAGGGAAUGUGAGGGUGAACGUCUACAGUGGUGGAAAGUCAGUGAUCAGCACACAGCUGCAGUACCACACUAGCAUGGAGGAGCUGACCUGCCUGCUGGCAAAGGUGGCUGAUCCUGUGGCGUUCAUGUGUCAGGCUCUUCAGGUUUCCUCUGUGGACAAGCUGGAUCAGAGUCUGUCUUCAAUGCUGCUGGAGAGCAUGCCCACUGAAGGCUUUCAGGGACUAAAGACUGAAACUGCACUUGAAAGAGAGCCCCACCAUGCAGAUGUUCCCUCCCUCCUCCACUUUGCUGCUCGAUAUGGAUUCAGGAGCAUCUCCGGCCUGCUUCUGCAGUGUCCAGGUGCCGAUCGAGCGCUGCACACAGCCAAUCGCCAGGGACAGACUCCCGCCGAGAUCGCCAAGAGUCACGGCCACACAGAGCUUCACGUAUUAUUGAAGGAGACGCUGAAGAUGCUCAGCUCAGAAGAGGACAAUGGCGACGCCGGCGUGUAUGAAAUGAUGCGCAAUGCGGAGGAGGAAGAGGAGGAGGAGGAGGAGGAGGAGGAACUCUACGCGCCACUGGAUGUGAGUGAUGAAUAUGACACCAUCCUGAAGUCGGAGCGACCCGUGGCUAUUGCCAAUCGCCCACCGGCACCCACUCCCCGUCCGGAGAGCACCGACAUCAUAGACAGCAAGACCCCUUACAUCAUCCAAGUGUUCCAGAAGAAGAAGAAGAAGACACCGCAGGGGGACGGGGAUCUUUAUUCACUUCCCAGUAAACAAGCACGUGAGCGAGAAGGUAGCAUCGCUUCCACCUACGACACGUUUGUACCCAACCAGAUGCACAGAAUCCAUCAGCUGGCUGAGCUGCAGCAGAGGGUGAAGGAGGGAGAGAUCACUGUGGACGAGGCUCUCGAGCAUUUCAGCGACUGGCAGCAGGCCGAGAAGAAAGCAGAGUCCAAGCAGGAGGUGAAACUGAAUCACCGGAGAGCAAGCAGCAACAUAAACAACAGAGACAGUGACGAGAGCGUCUAUGAUAGAAUCAACAUUGUGCAUCAUAUGUCAAGUGCUCCGGAAAAUGAAAGUCGAAGACGAAGCCAACCAGCAGAGUCGGACUUUUACAGCAAGCCUCUUAAAGGACAGAUCUUUCGGAAAGCUGACAAACGAUGAAUGCAUGUGUUUAAAUAAGUUGUCUGCCAUUUCUACAUUCAUGCGAUAAUUUCAAUAUCCAGUCAAGUUAACCCUUCAAUGCCUGAUGCAGUUUAAAAAAAAGUCUAUGAAAUAAGUAAAUAAAAUGACCCAUUGUUUUCGUUGUAAUACAAAAAAAUAAUAAUUAGAAAGCAAAACAAAAUUUUAGACUUAAAAAAAAACAUUAUAUAUAUAUAAUAAUCACUUCGAGUUAAAAAAAAAAGGGAUUUCCUGUUUUAUUUUAUGAUUCUGGCAUUAAAAGGUUACCACACCAAGACUGAUCAGUUCUAAUAAAUAAAUUAAAAGAAAAAUGUUGGUACCAUGAUCUUAGUUUUGUUGUACAGGUAAUAAUAAAAAAAAUGCUCAUGUGUUUUGUCACUGCAUGUUAAUUUAGUCUCAUCAGAAUAAUCUGUUUAAUGAAAAAUAUACAAAAAACGACCAA